GUCCCCCACCUGCUUCCCUGCCUCUUUCCUCUCUCUCUCUCUCUCCCAAGGUUGAAGCUUUGAGAGAGUGAAGAAGACAAGAGUCAAUCAGAAACCGAGAAACCCCACAAAAGUACCAGUCCAGAGCUGCCAAAGACUUUCAAAAUAAACGAAACAAAAGGGCUUCUCUCUCUACUUUCUCUCUCUACCAGAAAGAGGGGAAGAAGGAAGAGGAGGAGGAAGAGGAGGAGGAGGAGAUGGAGUUGAAGAAUGAUCAUGAUCAUCGUCAUCAUCAGAAGAGAAAGAGAAAAGGCAAGAAAGAAGAUGAUGGAUGAGCAGCAGCAGCAGCAAAUUAAAUUCUCCAAUAUCUGAGAAAAAUUAAUCCAGAGAGCCCCACAAUGGAAAUCACCGCUGAUUCCCAGCCCAACAACAGUAAACCCACCCCUACCACCGUCGCCGUCACCGCCGCUGCAGCCGCUUCUAAUUCCCAGCCCCAGCACCACUUCCACCAUAAAAAGCAGUUUGGUUUCACCCCUUCUGCUUCUUCUUCUUCCCCUCAGUAUAGCCCUUUCACCCAAGCUGGGCUGGCCAAUACCGGCGCCGCCGCGUCGCCGCCGCAGCUGGUGGACGCGUCACUGGCCAUCGCCACCAGAUCGGAGGCUGGCAACCAGGCGGCGAAGCGGCCGACCAAGGACCGACACACCAAGGUGGAGGGGAGGGGGCGGCGCAUCCGAAUGCCGGCCACCUGCGCGGCUAGGGUUUUCCAGUUGACGAGGGAAUUGGGGCACAAGUCCGACGGCGAGACAAUUGAGUGGCUGCUCCAGCAGGCGGAGCCAGCGAUCAUCGCCACCACCGGCACCGGCACCAUCCCGGCUAACUUCUCCUCCCUGAACGUCUCGCUCCGGAGCGGCGGAUCCGCCGUUUCCAAGUCGGCGCCUCACUCGCUCCACAACACCGCCGCCGCGGCCUUAGCCCUAACGCACCAUUCUCACUACGAAGAGGGCUUCUCUCAGAUGCUAGGGUUCCACCACCAGCCUCAUCCUCUGGCCGCCGAUCAGAUCGCCGCAGCCGCCGCCACAUCUGCCGGCGAUACGCCCGACAAUUAUUUGAGGAAAAGAUUUAGAGAAGAUUUAUUCAAAGAAGACUCGCCGUCUCAGCGGCCCCAAACGGAACCCUCAGCCGACUCAAACUCGCCUUCAAACAAGCAAUUCAGGAGCUCUAACAUUCAAAUUCAACUGCAAAAGCAACAAGAAGAACAAGCCGGUCCAUCAUCGAGCACGUUCCUCCGACAUCCCAAUAUGAUGCCGGCGGGCGGCAGCACAUUCUGGAUGGUGCCGGCGGGGCCAUCGGAGACCCAAAUUUGGCCUUUUCCGGCGCCACCGACAUCCGCUGGCAACACAGUUCAACCGCCAUUGCAGUUCAUGCCAAGGUUUAACCUUCCGGCCGGAAAUUUAGAGUUUCAAGGGGGAAGAGCCGGCCAACUUCAACUGGGUUCAAUGCUAAUGCAACAGCAACAACCAUCUCAGCAUCUAGGGUUAGGAAUUUCUGAGACCAAUAUGGGCAUGGUGGCUGCUCUCCAGGCUUAUUCAAGGGCCGGGUUGAAUAUGAAUUCUGAGCAAAACCAGCCAUUAGAGCACCAGCCUCAAGCUACUGAUAGUGGAGAGGAUGACCCAGAUAGCUCUCAUGAUCAGUGACAUGACUCUGAUCAAACCAAAGUCGAUUUAGAAGUUGAGAGUUUUGUGAGACUGCUUUUAGGGUGCCUGCAGGAUUGGAUUCAUAUGGAUGAUGAUCAGCACAGCAGGGUAUAGAGAUGAGAGGUAUCCAGCUAGUAAUUCUCUCAUUUUUGAGUCUUUCUUUUUGGUUCAAAUUCCAUCAUCUUCUUUUGGGUUCUUUUGCUUAAUUAAGAUUGCUGUCGAGGUUGGAAAUGUAAUCUGGUAGAUUCAUCAAAGGGACUUUAGAAUUGCAGAGAGAGAGAGAGAGAGAGAGAGAGAGAGAGAUUGUAUAGGAGGAUAUUGGUUUGUAUUUAGUAUAUUAUAAUCUGGUUUGUUUGAACAAGUA